AUGAAUACUUCACACACUGCAAAAUAUGUGGAUUAUUUGUGGGCCAUUAAAUUCUUGAGCUCAAAUAAUAAUAUCCAACAAGAGCAAUUUUUGCAAUGGGUUGCUGUUUGCAUGUUUCAACAAUUGCGGCAUAGAGAACACAAUCCAAUAAUUAUUCCAAAUAUCGAAAUUGAUGAUUCUGAUUCCAUUGAUGUAUAUUCUAGUUUUGGCUUAGCUGGCAGCAAAACUUGUAAGAAAAAUGUGUGGUCACUCACUGACUCUACUUAUAGAAAUUCGAAGGUGAAGGCAUUCAUGAAUACCAUUCAACAAAUGUUUUUGGUCACUGGUGCAUGUUUGUUGGAAGUGUUGGGGUUGUAUUUUCAAACUUAUCAAGCAAAAUUUUUGACUGUGUUGAAUUAUGUAGGGUUUCAAUCAGGCACUGAAUCUGAGUUAGUUAUGACUUGUUAUGUCAUAAUUCGUCAAACAUAUUUCUCCAAUAUUGCAAAUGUUAGAAAUACCAAAGAGGAAAUCUUAUUGUUGAAAGAUUUCAUGUUGUUAAGUGAUGAACGGUAUCAACAUUUCAUAGAUUAUGUUGGACUGAAUCACUUUCUACCAUGUUCUACAACAAUAUGUAGAUGUAGAAAAGAAAUCAAUAAUAUUAUUACCAAAAAUUAUGAAAUAAUUAACGACGGAACUUGCAUCGCUUGUAAUUAUCUGAAUGUAUUGCAUGAUCUAUUGAUAAUUCAUGCAAACGAAUGUAAACGAAUCAAUGCCGAUCCUAAAUUGAAAAUGUUAGCCAAAACAUUCUUAGUUGGUGCAGUUGGUCCUUUGAACUUAAUUUUGUCUCCCCAAAGCAGACAUUCAUAUAUCUCAUGUAUGACCAUGGAUAAUAAUGAAAACAAAGAAAAAUUCCAAACUACUUUUUAA